GACUUCAAAAUGGGUGAUGUUGAGAAGGGCAAGAAAAUGUUUGUGCAGAAGUGUGCCCAGUGCCACACCGUGGAAAAAGGGGGUGAGCACAAGAUUGGGGCAAACCUGGGGGAAUAUGGGCAGAAGACUGGUCAAGCUCCUGGAUUCUUUUACACAGAUGCUAGUAAGAACAAAGGUAUCACUUGGGGAGAGGAUACACUGAUGAAGUAUCUGGAGAAUUCUCAAAUUCCUGGAACAAAAAUGAUCUUUCCUGGCAUUAAGAAGAAGACAGAAAGGGCAGAAUUGAUAGCUUAUAUCAAGAAAGCUACCAGUGAGUAA